UUUGUUACCUGUUGUCCAACUUAAUGUAUCUAUGUAUUUCAUUCCAGAAUGGCUGAGAACAACUCAAAUACACCUUUUCGACCACCUGCUGCCAGCCCCAAUUCAGGUAACCAAAUCUUCCCCCCACCCCUGUGGGAUCCUCAGAUGUGGCAGGCCCAAGGUUUGGACCCAACACAGCCUCCUCUGUUUAGUAAUCCUACAUCCCAUAUGACCAAUCCUAACUGGUCCCAGGGACAUAAUGACCCAUCUCCAUAUACCUUUCGUAGUCCAUGGAACCCAUAUUUUGGUAUGACGAAUCCUGGGGGUCCUCCUACACAAACAUCUUUCGGUCAACCUCAGCUGGUACCACCCAUUCCAUGUCCACAGGUUUCCACCCAUGUUCCAAACCAGACUGACCCUAUAAAUUUUGAAUCGGAAGCAGAACACAGUGUCCAGGAAGUUAACAGCCCUACCAAACCUUCUGAUACACCUGGGACUUUUAGGAGGACAAAGGAACAGAACUUCAAACCUGAUGAAGACCUGUUGCUUUGCAAAACAUGGCUAGAGAUUAGUAGUGACCCAGUUAUUAGCACAGGGCAGAGGAAGGAGGGUUUGUGGGCUAGAAUUGAGAAAAGGUACAAUGACCUUAGAGGUGAGUUUCCUUUGAGGCUGAAUAGGGCUCUCAGCAGCAGGUGGGACAAAAUAAGAGCAGAAACAGGAAAAUUUGCCGGAUUCUAUGCUAGAGUCCUAAGGGAAAACCAGAGUGGCCUCACAGAUAACGAUAAGACAUCGAAAGCUGCAACUCUUUAUGCAACCUCACAGAAAAAGCCAUUUCAUUUCAUGCAUUGCUGGACGCGCCUUAAAAACGAACCGAAAUGGGAUGCCAUGGUUCAUGGAAGCCCCUGGAGAGGCACUGCGGGGACGGAGCCAGCCCGUAGUCUUACACCUACAGGCUCUGUUAAUGAAGUUGAAUAUGAUGAAGGUGGUUCAAGAGGGAAGAGACCAUUAGGACGUGACUCCGCGAAAGCUUCAAGGAAGAAGUCAAUGUCCAGUUCAUCUCAGUCUACUGACUACCUUUCAAGAAUCCAUGACAUGCAAGUAGCAAGAUUCAAGCAAAGUGAAGAAAAAUCAGACCUAAAGCAGCAGAACAUUGAGUUCAUGAAGGAAGUUGAACUGAAGAAGUUGGAGGUUCAAUCCAAGGAAAUACAAGUACAGGAAAAAAAUUGAUGAUGGAAGAUAGGAAGCAAAAAGACGAAGAGCUCAACAAACUUUAUGCUAUGGACAUGGAUGUUUUACCUGAAGAAUUGAGAGUUGUUUACAUCGCAAGGAGAAAAGGUUUAAUCGAAUAUUUCAUCAACAAUCCUGUGUGAAGAGUAUUACUGUAUGUGAUAAGGUGUUUGUCACCUUUGUAUCGGCGAACCGUGGUCCUCUGUGUUUGGACAUGUCUAUUUUAGAGUGGUUGAACAAUUCCUUAGUUGUUUGAGAUCAUCAGCUUGGUUUUUGAACAUUGUUUAUUUUAACAUUAUUGAUAUUGAUAAUAAGGAUUAUCAUA